AUGCCAUCGUUGCCACGUACAAAUGAAGUCAUACAAACUGUUAAAUUAUUUGGAAAAAUAGCUGUUACUCUUGACGGUUCAAAAAGUGAACUCACCUCAUGGACGUAUCAACAUGCAGCAUCGAUUGAAUCCACUCGCCUCUUUCGUGAUCAUAUAACUAUCAAUGACUUUGCCAUUACAUCUAGCAAAUUAGAUUCUGAGAUUAUAUUCGUACUUGUACUUACAAGUAACCGUUGGAUUGAAAUUUAUGAAGCUAAAUCACUUAACAAGGAGACUUUAUUUAAUCUUCAAUUGCAUUCUCCAGCACGAGUUCAUUCGACACACAGUGGUACGUUUUUUGUGUUAACAAACAAUGGUUUAGCAUAUUCUAUUGCUCAACAAAUUACUUCUGAAAAUGAAAUCCAAUUUAACCAGACAGCUAAUAUUCAAUUGAAAAUUCCAUGUUCAAAAAUGUUUACUUCGGUUUUAACUCUCAAUUCAUUAGAAAAUCUUAUAAUAUUUGCUGAUAAUGGACAAUCAAUGGCAAUCUGGACAAUCGAACGAAUUAUAUAUAUUGACGUUGAUGUUUCACCUUAUCUUUUAUCAUCGCAAUUGAAAUCUAUUGACAAAGAAUCGAUCGAUAGAGGCUCUCUUCAAAUGACUCCAUUUGAUAAAGCCGAUAAAUUUUGUCUAAAAAAUGAUUGUCUUGCAACAUAUAACAAUGGAAAUACUCAACUUAACUUACACAACAUCCGUUCACGUACAUGUUAUGAACCGAUUCAAUUAGAAAAUGAAUGUCUACAAUUAUGUUUAAAUGAAUCUGCUAGUUAUGUUUUUGCUCUUGUCAAACCUCGGGUCUUGUUCAUGUAUCGUAUUAAUGAUCGUCGACAAUUAGCUAAAUUAUUUGUUUAUGAUUUUGUUUCAUUCAUGGUAGCAGACAAUGAGUUUCUUGUUUUAGCUAUGAAUGACCGACGUCUACUUACACUCAUGAUUGCCGAUCCUGAUGAUCCAAACAUACAGGCAAAAAUACAAGCUUUACCUAGCAGAAAUCCUCGACGUGUAACGAAAUCCGCAGUGGCAAACUUAAUUGAACAUAUGGAAAAAUGCACUAACAUGAGUUCAAGUGAUGAAGAAUCUGAUUUUGCUGCCAAUAAAAGUGAGGACGACAGCAAUACUAAAAGUAAUAACGAUGGCAAAACUAUUAUACAAAAGAAUCAACGACCUAUUAGUCUUUUACGUUUUGUAACUCGACUAGAUGGUCGACAUUUACUGUCAAAGAUGAGUAGCGAUGCUGAAUUACAAUCGAAGGCUUUGACUCUAUUUUCGGAAGAUUCAGAAUCUUUUGACAUGGCACAAAUCAUAUAUGAUUCCGAUAAUGAAAAUCACAAUGAUGAUCACGAUGUCGAAUAUCCCGGUGCUGUUACUACCGCAAUGACCGAACAACAACCAAUUGAGCAUGAUCUCGAUGAUAUUCGUCAAAAGACAUUGGAACAUAAUCGACAACAACUUAAAGGAAUUCAAUUUGCAAAUGCAGGUGAUGGAAAUUUAAAAGUAGUAAAUAGUUACGCAGUUACUUCAAAUACGUGUACUCUUAUUUAA